AUGCGAGAUGAGGAAGAUGCGGCUGUCAGCGGCGACUGUGGCCGCGGGAAAGGCAGCGUUGGCUGCCGGUGGCGGCUAUGGACGCGGGGGAAGGCAGCAGUGGCUGCCGGCGAGGAUCUGCUGUGCGCGCGGUGGCUGCCGGCGAGGGAGGAGAGGAGGAGAAGAAGGGAUCGCCGGCGGCUUCCCCUAAAUCCAAAAUCUGAAUCGCCCUGCGACAAAACAGUGAGAAGGCGGCGGAAGCAGUUUGAUCCCGACGCCUUUGCUCGCCUGAUGACUGUCCAUUACAAGCGCCGGCGUGAGCAGGCAAGCGCCCCGGAGGACCGCCUCACUUCCCUCCACGAUGACCUCCUCAACUCCAUCCUCGCCUUCCUCCCCAUCAAGCAGCGCGUCGCCCUCUCUGCCGUCUGCUCCCGCUUCCGCAGUCUCCUCCCCUUCAUCCCCCGACUCGAGGCCUUCCGCCUCGACGUCGGGCUCCCCUCCGGCGGCGUCUACGCAAACCAACAAUUCACCUUCCCCCGUGCCCUGAUCCACCAAUGCCGCGUCGUCUUCGGCGACGAAGACGACGACGACUAUUUACCCGAACCCCUCGAGCAGCUACUCUUCGACGAUCUCGCCAGGGCGGGCCUGCAAGACCUCAUCCUCGAAAACUCCACGGGCAAGGGAUGGCUGUAUCUCAGCGGCAGGGAUUGCGGCUUGAUCGGCAUCAAGUCGCUGAGGAGUCUCUCCUUGGUUUUCAUCCGAGUGAUGAAAUACUUCGAUCGCCACCCCCUCUCGCCAUUGGGUUGCCCCCUACUCACCUCCCUCAAAAUGGAACGAUGUUUACUUCGCCCUGAUUUCCUGUGCAACCUCUUCGCUUCCUGCCCCUUCCUCGAGACUCUGCAACUCAUCUUUUGCAUUUGGUUCCUGCACGGCAUGGGCAGACUAAGCAUCCACUCCGCUUCCAUCAAGCAUCUAGUCCUGCUUGAGUUGCUCGGCUGCGUCGACGCCAUCGACAUCAGCGGUCCAAUGCUCGAGUCGCUCAUCGUCGAGGUCGUCGACGAGCUGCACAUUGAAGCGCCCAGGGUCCAGAAUGCGUCAUUCCUUCUCGCCCUCCAUCCGCCUGCAGAUCCUCCAGUUGCAUUGAUGAAUUUUCUCGGAGCUGAUUUUCGAAAGGAAACCGCUUGGCUCAUGCUGAAUUCUAGCAAAACCACAAACAGAUCAGCAGCAGAAAACGGAAUCGAUGAAUUUAUUUAUCCGGGCUAUAAAGAGGACGCCGUGAUCUUCAACCUCAACUUCAAUCUGAAAAAUUGUUCGUCAACUAUGAUAUUGUCCCAGCUCCUCAAGAAGUGCAAGGACUCUAUUAUACUGGCAGAUUCUACGCAUAUAGAAAACACCAAUGAAGACGAUUGCUUGCUCCAUGGCUCUACAGAAAUAGAACUAAUUGAUUUACAAAUGAGAAUGCCCAAAAAGAUAUUCGAAGGGUUUCUCUUAAAUCAGAAGGAGAUGACAGAGGAAUUAGAGGAAAUGGGAUUGCAAAUGCUCAGAAGUCGCACCAGUACGAAUCAGGUCAAGGAUGUAUUAGCAUCUGAGGAGUCUCUGUUCCAAGUAUCUUCUAGCAUUGCUAAUUGCAUUGAAAUGAAAUUUUAGCAUUGCCAAGUAUCUUCUCUUUGUUCAGUAUAACUAACUUGUAAUAUCACGCUCUAAAAUAAUAAGAAAGCACAAGCAGA